AAGAAAGAGAAAGGGGAGAGGGAGCAAGAAGGAGGAGGAGAGGAGAGAAAGAAAAGACAACAUGGAGCAGAACGUGGGAUGAGUUCCUCAGCUGGUGUUUUGGAUCAGUGCAGAAAAAACUGCUCAUCAGAUCUCAGGAAGACUCCGGUGGGGGUGCAGAUUUGAUCCCUGGUCGGGGAAGUUCUGCAUGCUACGGGAUGUGACAAAAUAAUAAUAGUAAAGGAACCCAAGGAGGAUGAGCCGCAGAGGUCCUGGACACAGGCUACAGGAUGUGCUCUUCUCAGCGACAGCGGCAAUGGUUUUUUAAAAAAAAUCUUUUGGGACCUCCCUGGUGGUCUAGUGGUUAAGAAUCUGCCUGCCAAUGCAAGAGACACAGGUUCGAUCCCUGGUCCUGGAAGAUCCCACAUGCCAGGGAGCAACUAAGCCCAAGUACCACAACUACUGAGCCCAUGUGCCCUAGACCCCCACACUCUGCAGCAAGAGAAACCACCAGGGUGAGAAGCUGGUGCACCGCAACUAAAGAGCAGCCCGUUUGCUGCAACUGGAGAAAGCCUGCAUGCAGCAAGGAAGACCCAGCGCAGCUAAAAAAAUAAAUAGAUACAUAAAAUUUAAAAAAAAACUGAAGUAUAACUCAAAUACAGAGGAAUGCACCCAAGUAAUUUUCACAAAAUGUAAACACGCCUGUGUAACCAUUACCUAGGCGACAACAAAAGACAUAACUCAGGAUCUCAGAAGUUCCCCAUUUGGUGACAAUGAUGAUUUUAAAGAGGAAAGUGGACAAGGUCUGAGAGCAAAGGAGGAAGGAAAGAAAAGAUCCUCCCAGGUGCCAGUUGACUGACACGUGGUCCUGGAGACACAGCAGGAGGCCCCCCUGUCUGUAUUAGCACCAGCUGUUAAACUGGCCUACAUGCAGAGCUCCGGGACACACACCCGGUGUCCAGAGUCUGUCCUUGGGAACUUGGUGAGCCAUGGGCAGCCCUGCCAAGAAAGGCAAGGAAUUGGAUGUUUGGAGAAGAUCACAGACCAGGAAUCUCCGGUCGUGGACCUGAACGUGGGGGGUGAGUUCUAUACCACCACCUUGGGCACCCUGAGGAAGUUCCCAGGCUCAAAGCUGGCAGAGAUGUUCUCCAGCCCCGCCAAGGCCUGCCUGGAUGCCGAGGGACGUUUCUUCAUCGAUCGCUGCGGCACCUACUUUGGACCCAUCCUGGAAUAUCUGCGCAGUGGGCAGCUGCCCACCCAGCACAUCCCGGAGGUGUACCGCGAGGCUCAGUACUACGAGAUCAAGCCCUUGAUCAAACACCUGGAGGACACGCCCCAGAUCUUCGGCGAGCAGGUGGCGCGGAAGCAGUUCCUGCUGCAGGUGCCAGGAUACAGCGAGAACCUGGAGCUCAUGGUGCGCCUGGCGCGCGCCGAGGCCGUGGCGGCGCGCUGUUCCCGAGUCCUGGUGUGCCUGGUACGAAACGAAAAGGAGGAUGCAAGCUGCGCAGACGCCCUGCGCUCCCUGGAGGCGAACAAAAGGUCAGUGGUCAAAUUCGGGCCUUGGAAGGCAGCCCUGGAUAUCAGUGACCUCCUGGACUGCCUGAACAUGGACAUUAAGGCCCAAGGGUACCAGGUAUGCUAUUCACACAACAGUCCGUUACCAGCCAAGGUCUCCGACUACUUCUAUACAUUCAGCUUCAGCUGGUGGUGAUCCCCAGGGGCCGGGGCUCUUUGUUAUGGGCUCUGGUGGGAAGAAUGAAAUUAAAAGUUGCCUUAAAGAGUCA